AUCGUUACAUUGUCAAAUUAACUCAAGCCAAGAAGCUUUUAGGCUUAUUAAAUAGCGUAAUUACAAGUUCUGUGACUGGUUCACGUCUACAAAGCUUCUACAAUACCCAGAGAGUGUUAUGGCGGAGUGGAUCGUGCCAGGAAGCGACUCUGAAGAGGAGGGAUCGCUGCAAGUGUCAGUUCAACUUGGAGGCCUCAAAAUACCUCCAGACAGACUCCUACACUUGAUGAGACAAGUGGAGAGCAAUCAUACCCUAGAGCUGACCUCAUUGAAUGGUGUUCCUCGAAAGAGACAUAAGAAGAAACGACGACACUCAAAGCAGCGCCAUUCCCCAGGACUGAGGAGUGGAGAGGAGGUCAGUGAGACGGCCUCUGAGAUACGCAGCUCUGCCUCCACCACAGCCACAGACUACAGAGAGAGUAGGAGAGUGAAUUUGCUGAAUUUCGAUCCUCACUAUGAUCCAGAGCUAGACGAAACGGCUCCUGUUACCGUGGAAACAAAGCAUCCUAAAGGGCCAAGGGCUCCACCCAAGUUAAAUAAAACCAAGCUAGCUAGUUUGGACAAGAUCCUUGAAGCCAGUUCCCGGAGACAGCAACUGGUUCUUGCAGCACCCGACCCCUCGUACCAUCCAUUAACCCCUACAUCCCCAGACACACCCCCUGACGACAUUAAUAGAGCAAAUGGAGGGUUAACUAGCAUGGGAGACAUGUCAUUUGGAUUUGAUGAUGACGACAGUGACUUGGAGGAACAGGGCAGUCAAAUGGACAAGAAGAUUUCUCUUCUCUCUCAACUAAACAGAGUCGAACAACUUCUUAAUUCUGAUGGACUGACGUAACCUCAAAGCUGUCUCCACUAGUCUCCCAUUUUUAACUCAACAAGAAGUCCUUGUGUUACACAUCAUGCUCACAUCUUGUCCCUGACCAUGACCGUGUCUUUACUUGUUUUGUGUUAUACUUUUGUAUAUAGCAGAAUGUUCAAUGGCUAAAUAUGUUCAAAUAUCAUAAUUAUUAAUAACAUAAA